UUGCUGAUACCUUAUAAUAUUCCCUUCAACCUCCGUGUCCUCUCUCUCCAAACGCUCCCUCCUCUCUAGACUCUCUCUCUACCCGCCGGAAUAUUCUUUCUCCCGGCAACGUAGGGUUUUCUCCGAACGUUCUCACACUUUUCUCUACUCACUCUAUAAAUACCUAAAUUGGAGAUUUAAAGUUCCUUUAUAGGGUUUAUUAUAUUAUACCCAUAUCUGGCAGUGGUAGCUCUUAGAUUUGAGGCAACCAAAAUUCAAAAUUUUUGGUGAAAUUUGUUGAUUUUAUCUUUUGAUUGGAGAGGUGUUUGAAGGAAAAGAUCUGGUUUUUGUGUGUGAUUGGUUCGUUUUCGGAUCAACAAGAACUAGAAGAGAAGGAUGUCUUCUGCUGGGUCUCCGUCGUCUUACUGGUGCUACAGAUGCAGCCGAUUUGUUAGGGUUUUGAACCAAGACUCGGUCUUGUGUCCCGAUUGUAACGGAGGAUUCAUUGAAGAGAUCGACACUCCGAUGCGAUCUGGGCUAGCGGAGUCUCGGCGGCGACGAUUUCCCACUGCUGCGUUUAUGAUCGCAAAUGGGCGGAAUUCGGAUCAGAAUAUGAGUCCAGCGCUCCGCCGGGGCCGAAGGAACGGUGGAGAUCGGUCGCCUUUUAAUCCGGUCAUCGUUCUCCGCGGACCAUCUGAUGAAGGAGCAGGAGGAGGCGGAGGUGGCGGUGGCGGUGGCGGUGGCGGUGGUGGGUUUGAGUUGUAUUAUGAUGAUGGUGCAGGGUCUGGAUUGAGACCAUUGCCGGCGAGCAUGUCGGAGUUUUUGUUGGGGUCAGGCUUCGACAGGCUUUUGGAUCAAUUGGCCCAAAUUGAAGUUAACGGUAUUGGACGGAUCGAUCACCCUCCGGCGUCGAAGGCUGCAAUUGAGUCAAUGCCCACUGUUGAGAUUGGUGAGAACCAUAUAGCAACUGAAUCACACUGUGCUGUUUGCAAAGAGCCCUUUGAUUUAGGUACCGAAGCUCGUGAAAUGCCCUGUAAACACAUAUACCAUCCGGACUGUAUACUUCCAUGGCUUUCCCUUCGCAAUUCUUGCCCCGUUUGCCGCCAUGAAUUGCCAACAGAUGGCCAAAACGAAGUUGAGCCGAAUAGGGUCCAGAAUGAGCAGACUCCGGUGCCAAGUGAAGAAGAAACUGUUGGGUUGACGAUAUGGCGGUUACCCGGUGGCGGGUUUGCUGUUGGAAGGUUCUCCGGGGGAAGAAGAGGCGGCGAGCGUGAGCUUCCUGUUGUUUAUACGGAGAUGGAUGGCGGCUUGCACAAUAAUGGUGCUCCAAGAAGGAUUUCAUGGGCAUCGCGAGGGAGUGUUUCAAGAGAAAGUAGUGGAUUGAGGAGGGUUUUCCACAAUUUGUUUGCUUGCUUUAGGGGACAUGGUGGUUCUGCCUCUAGUUCUAGUUUGGAUUCGGAGGCAAUUAAUAGAAAUAGCUCUGUGUCGUCUGUUUUCACAACCUCCUCAAGGAGGCGGCGCAGCAGAGCUUUUCAAGUUAACAAUGGAACCCUGAGAUGAUGGUUUUUUUCAAGGAAUUCGGAAUUUGCUAAAGUGCUUAUUGCUUUGUUUUCGAGUUUACCGUCCGAUCCUUCCGUGUUGGUGGGGGAGAAAUGUCUGUGGAAAUCAUGGUUAUCAGUCUUUGUAAAUAACAAGAAGUGGGAAGGAAAUGUAAUGGUGUGUCCAUGUUUGCAUUCUGUCGAGGAUCAUUGCAAAGUGGUAUACAGAGAAGAAGUGAGCAAUUGUUUGAGCAAAAGCAGAAGAAGAUAAAGUUUAGAGAUGACUUCAAAGGAACAAGUCUAGAGUUAGAGCUGGCUUCUGAGGAGUGUAAAGGUACAUGGCCUCAUGUACCGCAGUGCCUUUGAACUUAAUAGUGCCUGAGCUCUCUUUUUUUGUUUUCGUUUUUUCUUUUUUCUAUAUAUAUAUUUUUGCCAAUUUGUACUUGGCUUAAUUUGCUCUCUCUAUAUUUGUUAUUUACUUUUCAGAAAUCUCCAAGUCCUAUUUAACUUAUAAAGCUUAAUGCAUGAGCUCUCUUGAUGUCUCUA